AUGCCGUCCUCAUCGUCGCGCCUCUCAUCAACAUCACGUAUGGUCGUGGAUGUCGACGAAAAGAUUAACGAGAUCCUGAACUUUUCCCCCAAUAUCAAAUACAUUAGUUUCUCGCUUGAGAAUGUUAUGUCUAGUGCCAGUGGUGGUAGUAGCAGCAGCCCGGCUCAUCACCAUGGCAAUAACUUGUCAACCUUCUUGCCCCUUUUAACACCAGGGGGUGAUGUUACACCUAGCCAUGCAUCUGAAAAGCCAAAGAAUGCUUUCAACAUGAUGAUGUCGGACCGAACCAUGAAAAAGCCGGCUAAUAAACAAUGUGGUAAUGAUUUGGAUUUCCCCUAUGACAUGGUACCCAGUGACGUACAGUAUCACAUUCGUUUACUCACAAAUUGCCUGUGGUAUCUUGAUGGCAGAAAGGAAAUCAUAAAACAGAGAAGAGCAACAGAAUCUGAGAUAACUGAAGAUUUUCCUGCCAUGUUUGAUGUUGGCAAAUUUGAUGGGUUCCAACAAUGGCAAAAGUGGAAAACUAAGCCAAGACUUACUAAAAGUAUCCUUGAGAGUCACAGCAGGAAUCUUAUUACUCUGAUAGGUAAGCCAUUGACCAUAUCUUGGGAUAAGAAUUUAAAGUCAAGCAUAGAGACCCUUGCAGCACUACUGGAGCAAGUUGCCCUGUACCUGGAUAAUCACAACAAGCGCCAACAGGAAUACCAGUCAAAGUUGAUACCAGCACGUCAGAUCUCUGACAAUGCAUCAGUACAACACCAUCCAGCUGGACCAUUUGGUAUUUGCAAGAAGUCUCACCAAAUGAUAGAGGAUUCCUUGAUCACAAGUGAAGUCUACCAACCUCAUUAUCUUGAUCCUGAUGUCUAUUGUAAAUCCAUGUCAGCCUGCCAGAAGCACCGGUUUCUGCAAGAUAUAACUCUGUCUUUUCCUGUUGAUGUUCUCCGGUAUGAUCCUGGUGGUGGGACAGCCAGUGCUGACCAGCAUCCUGCAAUGGAUGAGAGGAUAAAGCUGGCAAUAUCUACUGAGCAACCAGAUAUGAUCUUAGAUCUCAGACAUCUCAACAAAGGUCGCCCUAGUGAAACUUUUGAUCAGUUCUUCAGUGUGCUGAAUAAAUUGAUUGAAGAAUUGGUUGCUGCAGAUGAUCGACGACAUGGGGUUGCUCAUAUGUCACAGUUUCUUUCUGUGCCAGAUUUGAUCAAACAAGUGAGACUCAGCUUACCUGAUGGUGUUCCUGUUCCAUCUGAGUCAACAGUGUACUUAUCAUUUGCCCCUCCUAACACAUGUUCUGAAGUGGCAAAACACUACACUGGUCGGGUAAAUCUCAAGCAUAAGGUCCAGUCUCGACAGCUCCGUCAAAGUCAUCCUGAUGCUCAUUAUGCUGCUGCACAAUGGAAGUAUAUGAGAUCUCUUGCUGUACACCUUGGUGGAGACAGGUGCAUUCUAAUGAGUGCUGAUGACAAAGCAAAGAUACCAGUCGGUGAACCAGGAUUGGCUAUAUCAAGUGGUGUGAGAGGUAAACAGUCUAUUGCACCUACUGAAGUUACCCUUGCAGCACUAGAUCAUGAUGUUCUACAGAAAGGAAGUAUUGUACCCAGUGUCAUACUUGAUAUCAGUAUCCCUGAUGUAACUGAAGAAUCAUUUUACAGAGGUCAGGUGUCAUUGACUCUAAAAGACUCAGUAUUUGAGGCAAGUUCCCCAAACAGAUUUGCUGCUGAGGUCUGUCAGUACUGGGAUAGUCUGCCAGAGGACCGUCGAGGAAAUAUCAACACCUUACUCCUUUUCGCUGAUGGUGGUCCUGAUCAUAUAUCAACAUUCGAACAUACCAAUGUUGAUCUAUUAGUUGCAGCAAGAACAGCCCCUGGUCAAAGCUAUAUCAAUCCUGUUGAAAGGGUAAUGUCUAUCCUGAAUGUUGCUCUACAAAAUGUAGCUAUUGAAAGGAGCAACUGUUCAGAAGAAGUAGAGAAGGCACUAAAGUCAUGUAAUACUGUAGAAAGCAUUCGUAAAAAGGAAGCUUUCAUCAAAGAAGAGUGGAAGCAAUCAAUGGCACCAGUUACACAAGUCAUUGCUGAGAGAAUGCAGCGCUGCUCGCUGAAAGAGAGAACCUUUGUGGUUUACCCACCAUCGUCACCUGAAGACAUAAAUAAAGUGUGGCAGACAGCCAUUUCAAUAGACAACCAACUUGAAGUAGGGAAACUUCAACAACAGCAAGUGAAAAACAAAAAACAGUACGAAGCUUUCAAAGAGAAACACUGUAAAGAACGACAUUAUUGUUUUCAGAUACGGAAAUGUAAUGAUGAAGAGUGCUGCCAAAGAACUGACAAUUCUGAUCCAGAUUGGUUGCCAGAUCCAGUAGUGGGUGAUGAUAGUAAUUACAAAGAUUUCAGUAUUGUUUAUGGUACAGAGACAACAGAUGAAAACAGACCCUCUGUCAAAUUCUCCACGAAAGCUGUGACUGCAGAAGAACAGGUCAUCCCUUGGAUGGGGUUGUCUUCUCACGGCUUGGGAUAUCGUGUGCCAGUCCUGUUGAAUGGGCCUUUUACAGUUCCAGGAAGGGAUCCCUCACAGUCUGCUGUCAUUGUGGAUCAAAUGCAGGCACGCUAUAGAUUAAAGUUUUUAUUCGAUAUUGAUGAAACUUAG